AAGGAAGCUUCUGUCGUGUGGCUUAAUCAAUCCCCCCUUGCUGUUUCUAUAUCAAUGCAUUUCAACUUCAAUCUAGAACACCAAAACAGUUAGACAGGUUGCGAUAAAUACUCUUGAAUUUUUCUCGAGGUUUUAGUUUGUGAUCUCUUGACUCUUGAAUUGGAUUCAUCAAUGGCGGAUCAGCAGAAAAUCCAUCCCGUCCCUGAUGUUGAAGCACCGCCACAAACCUCCCCGACCACUCCCUUGGUGCCUGAGGGCACGUUAAAAUCCGACAAGGGUAAGCCUGUAGAGGAAUACCCACCUUUCAAGCGCACUUUGCCUUCUAUGCACUCGAAACCUCCCAAGAAGAGAAGCUGUUUCUGCAAGUGCCUGUGUUGGACACUGUCUCUACUCUUGCUGCUAAUCGUCAUUCUGGGGAUUAUCGUUGGCAUUAUAUUCCUUGUUUUCCAACCGAAGCUACCGAAGUAUUCUAUUGACACGUUGCAGAUAACCCAAUUCGAUCUUAGUUCUGUCGAUUCUAGCUUAUCGGCUACCUUCGAUGUUACUAUUACUGCGAGGAAUCCCAACAAGAGGAUCGGAAUUUAUUACGAGGGAGGCAGCCGUAUAAGCGUAUGGUACACAGAAACAAAACUAUGUGAAGGGUCAAUGCCAAAAUUCUACCAGGGUCACCGGAACACGACGGUGCUGCUUUUGCCUUUGUCAGGACAAAUCCAAAACGGUACUGGCUUGCUCACGACGCUGCAAGAACAGCAGCAGCAGACAGGAAACAUUCCUUUGAGACUGAGGGUCAACCAGCCUGUGAGGGUUAAGCUCGGGAAGUUGAAGCUUAUGAAAGUGAAGUUCUCGGUUAGGUGCGGGCUAGUGGUGGAUGCUUUAUCUGCUAACAACGCCAUUAGAAUUCAAAGUAGUAGCUGCAAGUUUAGGCUUAGGCUGUAGAUUCUAAUUAUUUCUAACUAUUGGGCUAUAUUUAUUUGUUUUUUCCCAUAUUUUUACAUUUUUUUUGCUUUCUUAUGUACCAUAAAAAAUGGAGGAUUUUUCUGCGGUUUUGUCCUCCUUAGUAUAUACUUUGAUUAUAUGUAAUUCGUAUUUUAUUUAUUUAGACUGAUAUUAUUACAAUCAUUACUAUUCUUUUAGUGAAA